GGGCCCCGUAACUCACCUCGACCCCACCCGCCUCCUCAUCACGCCGCCACCGGGCCCCACCCCUCGGCGGCCGGGCGGGGCCGGGGCUGGGGCGCGGGCGGCCCCGGUGUGUUCUGGGAUCGCUCCGUGCCCUCCCUUCCCCUCCCGGGCGGUGGGAGCGGGCCCGGCGGUGGGCGGCUGGAACUACGCUUCCCGGCGUGCCCCGUGGAGCGCGGGAACCCGGAAGUGAGCGGCGGAGGCGGGCAGCGCGGGGCCCCGCGGUGGAACUUGGCCGGGUGUUUCCUGGCGACGGGGGAAGUGAGGAGCCGCCGCGGAGAGUGGGAGCCGCGUUUCUCCCCCUCCCGGUCGCCCGAUCUACCAUGAGACCCGCCAUCUUCCCGCUCCUGCCUGACCCUGGCUGCCUCCUCCUCCUCCUGGUGUCUUGGCUUUUUAAUCCAACAAGAAGUGAAAUAACAAGUUUAGAUAGUGGAAAUAUAGAUGACAUUUUAAACAAUGCAGAUGUUGCUUUAGUUAAUUUUUAUGCUGAUUGGUGCCGCUUCAGCCAAAUGCUGCAUCCUAUUUUUGAGGAAGCUUCUAACGUAAUUAAGGAAGAAUAUCCAGAUAAGAAUCAAGUGGUGUUUGCUAGAGUAGACUGUGAUCAGCAUUCGGAUAUAGCUCAGAGAUACAGGAUAAGCAAAUACCCAACCCUGAAACUCUUCCGGAAUGGAAUGAUGAUGAAGAGAGAAUACAGGGGCCAGAGAUCUGUGACAGCAAUCGCAGAUUACAUCAGGCAGCAGAAGAGUAACCCUAUUCGGGAGGUCCAGGAUAUGGAGGAAAUUAGUUCUCUUGAUCGCAGCAGAAGAAAUAUUGUUGGAUACUUUGAGCAAAAGGACACUGACAAUUACAGAACCUUUGAAAGAGUAGCGAAUAUUUUGCAUGAUGAUUGCAUAUUCCUGUCUGCCUUUGGGGCUAUUUCAAAAGCAGAGAGAUUUAGCGGAGACAAUGUAAUCUACAAGCCACCAGGGGAAAAUGCUCCAGAUAUGGUGUAUUUAGGCUCACUAACCAAUUUUGAUUUGAUUUAUGCAUGGACACAAGAUAAAUGUGUACCACUUGUUCGAGAAAUUACAUUUGAAAAUGGAGAGGAACUGACAGAAGAAGGCCUUCCUUUUCUCAUACUUUUCCACAUGAAAGAUGACUUGGAGAGUUUAGAGAAAUUCCAACAGGAAGUUGCACGACAGUUAAUAAGUGAAAAAGGUACAAUAAACUUCCUCCAUGCUGACUGUGAUAAAUUCAGGCACCCGCUCCUCCACAUUCAGAAGACUCCAGCAGACUGCCCUGUUAUUGCCAUCGAUAGCUUUAGGCACAUGUAUGUCUUUCCAGACUUCAGUGACUUGUCAGUUCCAGGUAAACUGAAGCAAUUUGUACUAGACUUGCAUUCUGGAAAAUUGCAUAGAGAGUUUCAUCAUGGCCCUGAUCCAACUGAUGUAGCACCCGGUCAGCCAAUUCAGGAUUUAGCAAGCAGCCCACCAGAGAGCUCAUUCCAGAAACUGGCACCCAGUGAACAUAGGUACACCUUAUUGAGGGAAAAAGAUGAACUUUAAAAACUUGAAAUAAUCUUGCAAGCCUUUCAGACAGCAGCAUUGACUUCUGUGUGGUGGAAAUAGUAAACCUAUAUUUUCAUAAUUCUAUGUGUAUUUUUAUUUUGAAUAAACUGAAAAAUAAUUUUUUUCUCCCCAGGCUUGUAAAUACAUUUGUUUGGUGGGUCACUCUGUACAGCAUCUUUCAACCAGUACGCUCUUAAUGCUAUAGUGAAAUAGCAGAGACCCAGCCAGACUCUUGAUCUAACUCUGUUCUGUAAAACUUUUAUAAUCCAAAUGAAGGUAUCCUUGCCAGAGACAUGCUGUUAACUUGCACUAUCCCAUUAAAUAGGACUUUUGGGUUGUUUUCUGUGUAACCUUGGUAGUAUGUGCUUCUUUCUUCUUCUUUUUCUUCUUCAUGGUAACAGCUAUCCUGGUAAUCUAUUUCUUUGUCACAUUUUUCUCCAACUUAAGAGGGUCUUCUAUUCUGGAUACUUGGGAGGGGAAUAAAUUAAAGUUUUACAGAA